GCCAUGGAGCUGUGGCGCCAGUGCACCCACUGGCUGAUCCAGUGUCGCGUCCUGCCGCCCAGCCACCGCGUGACCUGGGAUGGGGCCCAGGUGUGCGAGCUGGCCCAGGCCCUCCGGGAUGGUGUCCUCCUGUGUCAGCUGCUCAACAAUCUGCUGCCCCAUGCCAUCAACCUGCGCGAGGUCAACCUGCGUCCCCAGAUGUCCCAGUUCCUGUGCCUUAAGAACAUUCGAACCUUCCUGUCCACCUGCUGUGAGAAGUUUGGCCUCAAGCGGAGUGAGCUCUUUGAAGCCUUUGACCUCUUCGAUGUGCAAGAUUUUGGAAAGGUCAUCUACACCCUGUCCGCUCUGUCCUGGACCCCGAUUGCCCAGAACAAGGGGAUCAUGCCCUUCCCCACUGAAGAGGACACUGUGGGUGAUGAGGACAUUUACAGCGGCCUGUCUGACCAGAUCGACGACACGGUGGAGGAGGAUGAGGACCUGUACGACUGCGUGGACAACGAGGAGACGGAGGGGGACGAGAUCUACGAGGACCUCAUGCGUUCGGAGCCGGGGCCCACGCCGCCUAAGAUGACAGAGUAUGACAAGCGCUGCUGUUGCCUGCGGGAAAUCCAGCAGACGGAGGACAAGUACACGGACACGCUGGGUUCCAUCCAGCAGCAUUUCCUGAAGCCCCUGCAACGGUUCCUGAAACCUCAAGACAUUGAGAUCAUCUUUGUCAACAUUGAGGACCUCCUCCGCGUGCACACACACUUCCUCAAGGAGAUGAAGGAAGCCCUGGCUGCCCCCGGUGCAUCCACCCUCUACCAAAUCUUCAUCAAAUACAAGGAGAGGUUUCUCAUAUACGGGCGCUACUGCAGCCAGGUGGAGUCGGCCAGCAAGCACCUGGACCAUGUGGCCACAGCCCGGGAGGACGUGCAGAUGAAACUGGAGGUGCAGGCCGGGCCACUGGUGGUGGGGAGAUUCUUCCACUCCUUCCCGGGCCCCGGGAGUAGCAGGGAGGAGUCCGGG